UCUCCUUCGACUGUGAUUCCGAUUUCUUUCUUCUCCUUCUUCCUCCUCUUUUUCUCGAUUCAAGUCUCAUCUUGUAUUUACCCUUUCUCGAUUCAAAUAUCGAAGAUUGAAUCGCAUUUAUUCAGAAAACUGAAAUGGGUACUAUAUAGAACUUCCGAUUUGAUUCCGGUUUCAGAGCAGAGAUCGAUCCUCUCGUUAACUUCACAGUUCUUGUGGAACUUCCUGAUUUAUCUUCUGAUUCCGGUUUCCGAGGCAGAAAUCGAGCCCUCUGAUUAACUUUAAAGGGAAGACCAAGAAUCCAAGUUUCUUUUAGUAUCUCGUCGAAUUUCUACGAUAUGGCCAGACUCAGUGAUUUGCCUGAUGAGUUGCUGGUGAAGAUAUUAUUGUAUCUUCCAACCAAAGUUGCUGUAUCCACUAGCGUCUUGUCUAAGCAAUGGCAGUUUCUUUGGAUGUGGUUGCCUAAACUUGAGUAUAGUAAUGAUCCAGAGUCUACAAUACUUCGGGAUAUUGUAAUCAGAAAAAGAGAUUAUCAACAGUCUAAGACACUUCGGAAAUUUAUUGACAAGAAUCUGCCAUUACAUAGAGCUCCGGUCAUAGAAAGCUUGCGUCUCGACUUCGUUUUUGGUAAUGUCUUAAAUGUUGGACCUGAAACUAUCAGACGGUGGGUUCAGAUUUCGGUUUCUCGCUGUCUACGAGAGCUGGAGAUUUCUUAUAUUUCGAAGACCAUAAACAUAUUCCCGGGCAGCUUCUACACCUGCGCAUCGCUCGUGAUCUUGAAACUCAGUUUCGUAAAUCUCAUGGAUGUUCCCUUAACGGGUUGUCUUCGCUCUCUGAAAACCUUGGAGCUUAUAAAUUUCACAUAUGAUCAAGAAUCUCUCCAACGGCUUCUAUCUAUAUGUCCUGUUCUUGAAGACCUAUCGGUGAAUCUUGGUCAUGCUAAUCAUGACACUGUGAGAGAGUUCACUAUUAUCGUCCCGUCUUUGCGGAGUUUGUCAUUCAUAACACCUAAUUACUGGCCUUUAGAUGGGUAUCUGAUAGAUACUCCUUCUUCAGAGUAUUUCAAACUUGAGGAUUGGAAUGAUAGGGAACACUACGGUGAGAUUAGGAAUAUGCCAAAGUUGAAGGAAGCAUAUGUUGAUCUUUUUUCAUAUGAUCUCAAGAGUAUUAUUCGAUCAAUCACAUCGGCCAAGCGUCUUACUAUAUGUUCCAAGGAUGAUGUGUCUGGUGAUGGUUUUGUUUUCAAACAUCUUGAACAUCUGAAGCUAUGUGGGUGCAAAGAGGAUUCGUCGACUUUCCUUGGCCAGUUGCUCCAAGUUUCUCCAAACUUACGAGUGUUAGACAUCUGUGUACUAAAAGAUCAUAACAUGGAUGGGGAUGAUGAUUUUAUGGGUUUCUGGAAUCAACCGAGUCGUGUUCCUGAAUGCCUAUUGUCGAGUCUACAAAUCCUCAACUGGUCAAGAUACUUUGGGAGACCACAAGAGAGAGAGAUUGCUGUUUACAUCUUGAAGAAUGCUUGUCGCUUGAAGAAGGCAACAAUAUGGGCUGAUACAGAGUAUUAUGUGUCAAACCUUGAGAUGAUCAAGGAGUUGACACUUUCUUCCCGAGCUUCAAGCACAUGCGAACUCGUUUUUGUUGAGGAUGAUACUGAUAGAGAACCUGAACCUGAAGCUGAAUGACCGUAUAGAUUGUUGUAUGGAGGAGAAAAGCAGAUUCCGCAUGGAAUUGUUAAGAUUUGUUCGUAUAGAUUGUUGUAUGGAAACCCCAAAUGUUUUGUUAGAAAAGCAAAUUUGUGUGUAAAUUUUAGACUUCUUGUUGAUGAUACUCAAAUGUAAAUGCUUUUAAGCUUCUAACAGAGU